AUGGCUCCCCUUAACGUUCUCAUGGUUGGUACCGGCGAAUACACGACGGGUUUCGUGGGCGGCGGCAUGUCAGGCUCUGACAAGAAGGUCGGUGUUGUGGGACUCACUCUGUUCGAUCUGCGGAGGAGAGGUAAGGUGGGCAAGUUGAGUAUGGUAGGAACGUCGGGGAAAAAGUAUCCUGCGAUUCGCGAACAUCUCCAAAAGAACAUCGCCGCUGUCUACAACAACCUAGACGUCUCCUUCGAUUCCUUCCCCUCAGACACUACAGCUCGUGACACAGACUCCUACAAAACGGCCAUCGACGCUCUCUCCCCGGGGGAUGCCAUCACCAUCUUCACCCCCGACACUACCCACUACCCGAUCGCUCUGUAUGCAAUAGAGCGGGGCAUCCACGUCUUGAUCACCAAACCAGCCGUCAAGCUUCUAUCCGAGCACCAACAGCUCCUCCGCGAAGCCCGAAAGCACAACGUUUUCGUCUUCGUCGAACACCACAAGCGUUUCGACCCGGCCUACGCAGACGCCAGAGCACGAGCAAAGACCUUGGGCAAUUUCAACUACUUUUACAGCUACAUGAGCCAACCCAAAUUCCAGCUAGACACUUUUAAAGCGUGGGCUGGUAAGGAAAGUGAUAUUUCUUACUACCUGAACUCGCAUCAUGUGGAUGUAUGCGAGUCGAUGGUGCCGGAUUACAAGCCAGUCAAGGUGACAGCUAGCGGUUCAAAGGGUACGGCUGAAAACCUGGGCUGCGUGCCUGGGACAGAGGACACGAUUUCGCUGCUUGUAGAAUGGGUGAAGCGCGAUGAGCCGGGAAGGAGAGCGACGGGGGUAUAUACGGCGAGUUGGACUGCUCCGCAGAAGGCCGGAGUCCAUUCAAAUCAGUAUUUCCAUUACCUAGCAUCCAACGGCGAAAUCCGCGUCGACCAAGCCAAACGCGGCUACGACGUCGCUGACGACUCCCAGGGCCAGUUAAUGUGGUAUAACCCCUUCUACAUGAAGUAUGCACCUGACGAAGAAGGGUAUUUCAAUGGGCAGACGGGAUAUGGCUAUAUAAGCUUUGAGAAAUUCGUUGAUGCGGUGACCGCGUUCAAGGAGGGGAGAGUGACGCUUGAUGAGCUAGAUAGGAGGGGGCUACCGACGCUGAAGAACACGAUUGCUACGACUGCAAUUUUGGAAGCGGGAAGGAGGAGUCUGGAUGAGGAGAGGGGGGUGGAGAUUUUGGUGGGGGAGGAUGGGGUUUGGGAUUUGAGGUGA